CGCGGCAGCGGCGGCGAGCGAAUAAAAGCAGCAGCAGAGGCCAGACUCCAGAGGCGAGAGGCACUCCCUCCCUCCCUCCAGUGUCGUUCAACCCCAGCGAGCAAGCAAAGCCCCGCAGACAUUUUCCCUUGCAGCAAGCUAGGCAGCAUCUCCUGAUCUCCGGCACCCAACCCAAGCUUAGCAAACCUCCCUCGCCAAGGCUGCGGUGAACUUGCCGAGAGGGUAGGUCGCCAACAGCUCGCUUGUGCCGAGGGGGAGGCUCGUGUAUAAGUCGCUGCCUCCGGUGAGCUAGCCGGCCAUGUCGGUCUCCUCCGCGCUGUCGUCGUUCCUGCUGUGCUGCUUCUACCCGUCCGGCGGCCACCGCCACGGCCACCGCGCCGGCGCCUACUACUACAGCAGCCACCCGACGAGCGCCAACACCCUGUACGGUUACCAGGAGGGCCCCUUGGCCGGGCGCAGGAUGGGCCGGAGCAGCAGGCCGCUGUCUCUGCAGACGGUGGAGCUGAAGGUCCGGAUGUGCUGCUCCGGCUGCGAGCGCGUGGUGAAGCACGCGCUGACGCGGCUGCGCGGCGUGGACUCGGUAGAGGUGGACGUGGAGAUGGAGAAGGUGACGGUGACGGGGUACGUGGACCGGCACCGGGUGCUCAAGGAGGUGCGGCGCGCGGGGAAGAAGGCCGAGUUCUGGCCCAACCCGAACCUGCCGCUCCACUUCACCUCCGCCAAGGACUACUUCCACGACGAGGAGUCCUACCGCCGCACCUACAACUACUACCGCCACGGCUACAACGGCGACAAGCACGGCCACCUCCCGGAGCCCCAACGCGGCGCAGACCCCGUCAGCAACAUGUUCAACGACGACGACGUCAACGCAUGCUCCGUCAUGUAGCGCACAUUAGUAGUAGUGUGCCAUGGGAAUGUUCAAUGGCCAAUGGCGUAGUGUGCCUCCUCGGCAAGAACCGAUCGAUCCAGCGUGCGCGUGGAGACCACCACGACUCGUGACGAGCUGCUGGGAGACCGACGACGACCAGUCACCAGUUUGAUCAUUGUGUUUCUUCUCGCUCUAGUGUUGUUGGGCGCCUCUCUAGUAGCAAGCAGGUCAAGUCGCAAGCAGUGCAUGUGUGUUCAUCAGCUCGCGCGUGCAUGUAACAAAUGGAUGAUGGAGAUGGACGCAAGUUGCAAUGUGGAAUGAGUAGCGGUUCCCCUUUCCGGGUUACGCGAAA